UCAUUAUUCAAACUGACUGAUUCAGACAUGUUGCUCUUUCUCUGGUUAGUUUUGUAUUCAGUUGCUGCAAGCAUACAUGGAAUCAAAGAAGAAUCCAUUUUGCAGAAUAUCAUGAACGAAAUUACGGAAUUGAAAACUAGACAGAGUUCUUGCGACCUUCACGCGGCUAAAAUCACUGAAUUUGAGGCCAUCGUAGCAGACCUGCAGAAACGCAAUGAUGAAUUGAAAAAGGAAAACCUGCAAAUACGGAAAGGCAUGAAUCGCUUAAAUGAAAACAUCCACAAUGAAAAUAAAGAAUAUAACGAAGAUAUCAAAAAUAACAAAAGCCGAUACAAUAGAAUGGUAGCUGGCGGUCAAGUCGCCUUUACAGUUGGUAUAUCUACCCCUGACCUAACGCAUCUAGGAGAUCAUCACACCAUUGUAUUUGACAAGCCCAUAACCAAUAUUGGAAACGCCUAUAGCCAUACCACCGGUAUAUUUCACGCACCACUGAAGGGCAUUUAUGUCUUCACUUUGACGUUAAUGGUUGUCGCCCGGCACGAAGAGUAUCUGGAAAUUGUUGUCGAUGGGAACGUUCUCAACGAUAUUUUGGCAGAUGCAUCUUCUGUUGAUGAUUUUGUGUCAACAACUAAACAAUGGGUACUCGAUCUCAACUUUGGCUCCGAAGUUUGGAUUCGUACAACUUCAAACAAUAAUAUGGGAGAGAUUCAUGGAUAUAUGCACACUGCUUUCAGCGGAUAUCUAUUGUUUGAAACCGAAUAAGUGUUUUGCAAUAAUGAUAGCUAAAUUACUAUUAAAAUUGA